CUUCCCUCGGUUCUUUUCUGGGAACUGAGGCAAACAAGCUGAGAGGAGCCGCUGCUGCUGCUGCUGCUGCUGCUGCUCGACAGGAGAACAGACAUAACAGCGGGGGCCAGAGUGCAACAAAAGAGUCUCCCUGGAAAACAUUUACAUGGUCUGUAGAAAAUUAACUCUCGGAUUUGGCCGCUGAGCAGCACAAGUCAUGUACCAAGUGGUGCCAGGAGGAGCUGGGGGCACAAUUACAGAUGUUAUCCCCAAGCAGAAACACAGCAAGGACACUCGACCCUUAGUCGGGGCUGGCGUAAUCGGCCUGGUGCUGGUAAUUGCAGCAGUGACUGCGUGGUGUUAUUACAUCGCCUCUGUACGCAAAGCUGAGCUGCUUAAGACUCAGCUGCUGGAUCUGAAUAAAGAUGGCUACAUUAUCCGCAACCAGGGAGGCUCCAUUGUUUUCAGAAUGGAUUUCAGGUCAGGGACCCUGGAUUUGGACUCCUGCUCUAAAGACCGUGAGAUGCUGAGUUGUGGACGUACCACUGAUAGGAAACUAAACUUCUUCAUUGAGACAGUACAACCUAAGGACACGGUACAGUGCUACCGUGUGCGUUGGGAGGAGCUGGUUCCUGACAUUCCUGUUGAGCAUGCCAUGACUUACAAGUUUGCACAUUGGUAUGGUGGUGCUGUGUCAGCAAUUCAGCACUGGCCCAUUUCUAUUUCUGGCCAACAAGCUCCCAAACCGUUUGUUACUAGUGACAUCUACGCAAACCGCAAUGAAUUUGGUGGUAUCUUAGAGAGUUAUUGGCUUUCGUCCAAUGCUACAGCCAUCAAGAUCAAUAACUCUGUGCCCUUUCACCUGGGCUGGAACGAGACAGAGAAGACCAUGUCCUUCCAGGCCCGGUACAAUGACAGUCCCUUCAAGCCGAACCCAGGGGAGGCUCCGUGUGCUGAGCUUAGCUACAGAGUCUGUGUGGGCUUGGAUGUGACGUCCAUGCACAAGUACAUGGUCCGCAGGUACUUCAACAAGCCAAACAAAGUGCCAGCCAAAGCCAUGUUUCGCCAUCCAAUUUGGUCAACUUGGGCACUACAUAAGACUAAGAUAGACCAAGAGAAACUCUUGGAGUAUGCUGCCAACAUUCGAAAGCAUAACUUCAAUUGUAGCCACCUGGAACUAGACGACCGCUACUCCAGCCGCUACGGGGAAUUUGAGUUUGACACAACAAAGUUCCCCAAUGCCUCAUCCAUGUUUCAAAAGCUGAAAUCAGAUGGAUUUCUAGUGUCACUUUGGAUCCACCCUUUUGUGAACUAUGACUCCGACAACUUCCACACUUGUGUAGAGAGGAGCCUGUUUGUAAUGGAGCCAACAGGACGUCUACCAGCUUUGGUGAAGUGGUGGAAUGGCAUCGGCGGCAUUUUGGAUUUCACUAAUCCAGAGGCCCGUGAUUGGUUUUCCUCCCAGCUCCGCUCACUGCGCUCCAGGUAUGGGGUGACAUCUUUUAAAUUCGAUGCAGGGGAGACAAACUACUUACCAUGGAAAUUUAGCACAAGAACUCCUAUUCGAGACCCAAGUUUCUUCACUAGACGUUACACGGAAAUGGCUAUUCCCUAUAAUGAUAGAGCUGAGCUGCGGAGUGGUUACCAGUCCCAGAACAUUUCCUGCUUCUUCAGACCAAUUGAUCGAGAUUCUGUGUGGGGCUAUGAGUUGGGUCUCAAGUCUCUCAUCCCCACAGUGCUCACCAUUAGCAUUCUCGGCUAUCAGUUCAUUCUACCGGACAUGAUUGGAGGCAAUGCCUAUUUGAACCGCACAGAAGGAAGUCGCAUAUUACCCGAUCGAGAACUCUAUAUCCGCUGGCUGGAGCUGUCGGCCUUCAUGCCCUCCAUGCAGUUUUCUAUUCCGCCAUGGGCAUAUGACAGUGAGGUGGUUGAAAUUGCACGGAAAUACACAGCUCUCCAUGAAAGUCUUGUGGCACCACGGGUCCUUGAGCUUGCUGGUGAGGUGCUGGACACUGGAGACCCAAUCAUACGGCCCCUGUGGUGGAUUGCCACAGGUGAUGAGACAGCCUAUAAAAUCGACUCCCAGUUCCUGAUUGGGGAUGACCUCAUGGUAGCCCCAGUUUUAGAGCCCGGGAAGCAAGAGCGUGACAUCUACCUCCCUGCUGGCCGCUGGAGAAGCUACAAGGGGGAGAGAUUUGAUAUCAAGGAGCCACUGCACCUCACAGACUAUCCAGUAGACCUGGAUGAAAUAGCUUACUUUGUUUGGGUGUAGCAAAAAGGGAAUGCAAAGCUGUAAAGUAAGGAUGCAUUGCAGUAAGUGUGUAUAAUGCUUCUUAAUACGCAACUUUUCAUUUUUACAAGGAAGGACAUGUUAUUUAAUCUUUUUAAAGUUACAUAUUUCGAGCUUUGAAGGUAUUUUAUAUCAUGUAUGUGAAACAUUUGUCAAAAAGGGAAUGUACGCACACAGGGAUUUGAUUAAGGCACAAUUGCAAUGGUAGACCAUAAAGAUUUGGAAUGUCACAGUACUUUGUUAGUAGUUAAUUAGUCAGUCCAUAACUUUAGGACACUCCUCUAAAACUGUCAGAUGACUAUGCACUUUCUUGUGACAACAGCAACACACUCACAAACAUUGAAGUUGUUUGGAUGAGUGUUUGUAGAGAAAAUAGAAAUAUAGAAAUACAGAGAUACAACGAUACUUUUAAGUGAACAAGUUGUAUGAUGCAAGGUUGAUAUAAGCAUUUCAUUAUUGUCAUAAGGCCACUUUGCCUUUGACACUAAUGAAUUUGUACUAAUUUGCUUCAACACACUUUUCAGGAAGUUGGGUUUAAUGUUUCAAUUUUUUCAGCAUGAACGCUUGAAAGUUAAUCACUACAAAUUGCAUGUGCUUUGUGUGUAACGCAGUGUCAUGUAACGUCACUUAGCUCAGAAGAAACUUCCUUUUAUUAAGCACUAAAUACUUAAUGCUCUUCCUCAGGUAACUGUUUUCUCAGGCUGGAGUGUGUUUAAUGUUCAGAGAAAACAAAGCACACAUGCAGGUUACUGAUACUAAUGAUGUCUAAACAUUCACACGUCUACAAGAUAAUGAGCAGCGCUUAGCUUUUUUAAAUUCUCAAACAUAAUAAGCUAAAUAAUAAUGGUUGGUUCUUUUUAUAUCCAGAGUUAUUUUACAGUGUGGAAGUCCAUAUAAAUAAUGGAUUUAGCCAAGUUAAAUGGUACAGUGUGUUUUGUCUUUGUGAUUGUUAAUGUGAAUAUUUUGUCACUGCAGUGACUCAAGUGCCAUGUGUUAAAAAUGAACUGCCAAGUAAUCUAUAUGAUUUUUGAUAUGCUAUACAUUUAUUCUUGUUUCACUGUUGCAUACAAUUCUUCAUUUAUAUUAUUAUUAUUGGUGCGUAACCCUUUAACCACACCUCCUAACUUUGUCUUAACAUUUUCCUCAUAUACCAAAUGAAAAGAUUAACUACAUUGAUAAAAUCAUGUACUCUUGAAAUCGACAGAUCAAACUGAUGUGUGUGACUGGGUGACAGCAAUUCGAAUAUAAUUUUAAUACGUAUUAAUAUCAUAAUCAUCAAUUUCUUAUUGUAUAUGAUUUUAAAUCAUGCGACUAACUUUUAAUUUUUUUUGGAUGAUAUCCAUUUUGUACUUUCUUUGUUUGUUGGGAGCUUUUUAAUUAAGAUUAUUUCUUCUGAGUUUUCAAGUUGCAAUGAAAACAAUUAUUGUGUAUUUGUGAAUUAAGGAAAAUGAAACGUCCACAUUCCCAUGGUGCAAUAUUCACAUUUGGCAAUAUUUGCUUGUAUUUGUGUUUUAAUGGCGUCUGCCUUUCAGACCCGUGUUGCUGUGUGCUUGUGACUUGUGAGUUACACAUGUUGACCUCGGUGGAUUUUGUUUGUGCCUUUUACCGGAGUGUCAUAACACCACCGCCUAUUUUUAGCAGUUCUCACUCAGCAUCUGGUCCAGGCCAAUCUCCGAGGCUAUAUCUGUCUCAGACUGUUGCUUUAUGACGACACUGAGAGGCUCUUUUGGACUGAAAGUCUGUUUGUUGGUGGCUCCUGUGACCCAGCGUGUCCAGUUUGCUUCAGGUUAUUGUAGCCGAAGGCUGGCAAUAUUUGCAUGUGCCUAAAGGUUUGCAGCAAUUUCAGAAAGAGUGCAUAUUUGAUGUCCUAUGCGAUUCAAAUGUAUUAAAAAUAAUUUUGCAGAUAA